GCUCAUAGGAUCGAGGACUACUACACCAGGGAUAGAUCUACUCCCCGUGAAGAUGCAUACUGGGGAUUCCGAAGUGACAUUACUGCUUCUUUCGGCGUUGAAGAGGAUGGCGUCACGACCAUUGCUUUCAGAAGGAAGUUGGACGCGAGUGAACCGACUGACCACUCGAUCGUGGACGAUGAAAUGACAGUCAUUUGGGCUCGUGGUCAAGAGCCCGGGAUGUACGUGCAUUCCCCUGCUUCCGGACUGGAGCAAGGUGCAGCCAGUGAUCCCGACUUUUAUCGACCGGACGAAAUCAAAUACCACGGGAAAAAGGACCAGCGAGGCGGGCAAAGCGAUGCUGUGUUGGGAUGGAUCGAUAGGUCAGGUCGUGCCUUCAUCGCCGACAUGUGGAUAAAGGGAUACACAGCUCCGGAACUCGACAGCAACCAGGACAUAAGUGACACGUCCGUCGUUCUCGAAGAUGGCGUCGUGACAGUCAAGUUCACCCGUCCACGUGUCUCCAAAGACUCACAGGAUCAAUCGUUGGACGAAUGCCUGCACUUUUUGUAUCCGAUCAAGGGCGGAGAUGUGAAAGCUGUCAGCAAAAAAAUUGGCAAACAUGACGCACGUCCAGAAGUUUCUGAUCAAAAGAUCUGCAUUCGUUCUUGUCGCUCUGGUGCCGAUGUUCCUGGCGACAGUUCAGAUGAAACUGGGUCGAAAGUUCGCGUGACAACAGCGAGGACAACAACGACGACCACGGCCAAGCCGCAAAUGAUGAUGGAUGUCGAGCUGAAGUUCAUCGACGUUGGGGAUGAUUUCAAAAUCCCGCGAAAAAAUUCGCCGGAAUUCAAUGAACUAUCUGAGCGUGUCAAACGCAGCGUGACUUCAGCUCUCACAUCGGUUCCUGGCUUUGAAGACGUUUCUGUUUCGGACUUUGAAGAGUCGGAAGAGAAGGAAUUGAUAGCGAAGCUCGUCGUGACACUGGACCACGACACAGUGAGUAAGGAAUACAAGGGAAGAAAAACUGGCGGCGAGUCAGAGAAGGCGAAGGCAAUGGUGAAACAGGCUCUACAAGACAGUGUCGAGAAGGGACAUGUUGGCGAGCUUCGUGUGGAUCCUCAAUACCUGAUUGUUGGCAAUCCAGUUGUACAAAACGAAACUGCAGCGACUCGAGUGGCCUCAAUCAGCGAUAGUCAACUCAAGCUGUACAUUGUGAUUGGAUGCAUCGCGUUUUUGGUGCUUGUGGCUGUGAUGCAAGCUUCAUGUUCAAUUUAUCGGCUCAACAGACGCAGCACAGCUUCAAAGGGACACAAG